CGUGACCUGUGGGUGUGUUCAGGGGAGCCGGCUUGAAGGGGACGGACCCAGGCUUGAGGAUGGGUGGGGAUGGUGCUGACAUGUCGGAGGCAGGGGAAGGCGGAGAGGAGGGAGAGGGUGGGGAGAUUGUGGAGGUAGCCUUGAUGCCUCCCCAGCACCAGAACGGGUGCCUCCCUGGCAGGGAGAUAGAAAGGAGCAGCAGCAGCACGGCACCUCUGGUGUUGGUGAGUGAUGUGGAGAUUGGACCAGCCGCUGCAUUGUCCGAGGAGCUCCCUGAGGCAGAAGCCAUGCUCCCUGCUUCCACAUCGGGAGUGAAGCUGAUCCCUCGGCUGUCCAAGCGCAGGCUGGUAGUGCUGGUCAUCUUCAGCUUGUACUCGCUGGUGAACGCCUUCCAGUGGAUCCAGUACAGUAUACUGACCAGUGUCUUCACCCGUUAUUACAACGUCUCCAACUCUCAAAUAGACUGGCUGUCCAUGAGCUAUAUGGUGACGUACAUCCCCCUGAUCUUCCCUGCCACUUGGCUGCUGGACACUCGGGGGCUUCGCAUCACCGCCUUGCUGGGAUCUGGACUCAACUGCCUGGGGGCCUGGAUUAAGUGUACCAGCGUCCAACCAAACCUGUAUGUGGUCACGUUGGUGGCUCAGAUUGUGUGCUCCAUAGCCCAGGUCUUUAUUCUGGGGCUGCCCUCCCGCAUUGCCUCUGUCUGGUUUGGGCCCAAGGAAGUGUCCACUGCUUGUGCUGUAGCUGUUCUGGGCAACCAGCUAGGCACAGCGAUUGGCUUCUUAUUGCCACCAGUUUUAGUUCCAAACACAGCUGAUGACAUGGACCUCAUGGGACAAAACAUCCGAAUUAUGUUCUAUGGUACGGCAGCAGUAUCCACAUUCCUUUUUAUACUAACAGCAGUGGUGUUUAAGGAAAAACCUAAAUAUCCCCCAAGUCAGUCUCAGGCUGUUCUCCUGGAUGUCUCGCCUGAUGAUUACUCCUACAAGCAAUCAAUGAUCAACCUGUUCAGAAAUGUUCCUUUUGUUCUUUUGUUGGUCAGUUAUGGGAUUAUGACUGGGGCAUUUUAUUCAGUCUCAACUCUACUAAACCAAAUGAUAAUAACUCACUAUGAGGGAGAAGAAGUGAAUGCAGGAAGGAUUGGCCUGACUCUUGUGGUAGCUGGAAUGGUGGGUUCAGUUAUUUGUGGCUUAUGGCUGGAUCACACCAAAACAUACAAGCAGACUACAUUAGUUGUGUACAUCCUCUCAUUUGUUGGGAUGGUUGUAUUUACAUUCACCUUGGACUGUGGACACCUUGUAGUUGUGUUUGUGACUGGCGGAGUGCUCGGCUUCUUCAUGACUGGUUACCUCCCCCUUGGCUUUGAAUUUGCUGUGGAAAUUACAUACCCUGAGUCAGAAGGCACCUCAUCAGGGCUUCUGAAUGCUUCAGCGCAGAUAUUUGGGAUUAUCUUUACGCUGAUUCAAGGAAAGCUCACAACAGAUUACAAUCCCCGUGCAGGAAACAUUUUCCUCUUUGUGUGGAUGUUUAUAGGUAUCAUUUUAACAGCUUUAAUCAAAUCAGAUUUGCGAAGACACAGCGUGAAUUCAGGGAUAAGUGUUGACAUUAAAUCUAUGUCAGUUGACGGUCCCACAGAAGAUGAACUGAGUAAAACUGCAUCGAAAAGCCAGUCUGAAUUAAACAUUUAGGAUGGAGGAGAGAAGUGCCAGAGACUCGUAAUUUUCAAGUUAGACCAAGCUGAAGCAACUUGACAGAUAGAUAACAAGAACUGUCUCGAAGUAAUGUUUUUGCAGUCAUAAUCAAUGCAGUGCUGCUUAUCUAUGAACUCAAGAUACACAUACACUCUGCUGAAGGCACCUGCUAAUUUUAUGGCGACUUAUUUAUAGUGGGAUCCUUAACUUUUAUUUAUUUUUUUAGUUGUGCAGUUUAAGAUCCCCAGCAAUCUGCCACUCCUUUGUGGAAGCUGUGCAGUUUCAGCAGAGACAAAAAAACUGCAAUCCUAAACAUACUGUGGGGUAAGCACCAUUGAACAAAUGCAGCAGGUCUUACUUCCAAGUUAGUAUGCAUAGUACUGUAAUGUAACCUAGGGAUGGGGGAACUGUGGCACUCCUAGAUGCUGUUGGACUUCAACUUCCAUUGCCCCUGACCAG